UCCCUGCUGCAGCCAUGGUGGCCCUCAAGGGCGUCCCUGCGCUGCUGUCCCCGGAGCUGCUGUACGCCCUGGCGCGGAUGGGACACGGGGACGAGAUCGUCCUGGCAGACGUCAACUUCCCCACCUCGUCCAUCUGCCAGCAUGGGCCUGUGGAGAUCCGCGCAGACGGCCUGCGUGCUCCGCAGCUCCUGGAGGCCGUGAUGAAGCUGCUGCCACUGGACAGCUACGUCUCCAGCCCGGCUGCCGUCAUGGAGCUGGUGCCCAGCGACAGGGAGAGAGGCCUGGAGACCCCAGUGUGGGCCGAGUACGAGGCCAUCCUGUCCAGGGCCGGCUGCACGAAAUCCCUGGCGAAGAUUGAGAGAUUUGAGUUUUAUGAGCGAGCUAAAAAGGCUUUUGCCGUGGUGGCUACAGGGGAGACAGCCCUCUACGGAAACCUCAUCCUCACAAAGGGAGUGCUGGCCCUAGACUCCCUGUGCUAGGCCUCGCAGGAUACCUGUACCUCGGUGACACCACUCCCCUCCGCACCCCUCACCGGCAGCAACCAAGGGCCUGGACAGGACGGAGGGAGCAGGGCCUCUGGACUCCCUGUACUAGGCUUCCCAAGACACCUGUACUUCGGCGACACCGACCCCCCCCCGCCACCGGCAGCAGCCAAGGGCCUGGCCAAGACGGAGGGGGCGGGGCCUCUGGGGAAUCUUGCUGAACAGGAUGGUCCACCCCAUGUGUGACAACAAUGGAAACACUUGAGCCAUGGGGCCUUCCCCUCUGG